CUCACAACUCACAAGUCUCAUCAUACAUUUAAUUCAAGUCCUAAACACCUACCUUUAUAACCAACCCUACCCAAACUCUUCAAAAACUUAUCAUUGGCCGGUAAAACAUUCCACAAAUUAAAAAAAAAAAAAAAAAAAACAAUACAGGCAUCUGAGUCGGUCACCCCCACCGUCCACCGGAAUAUUCCUUCACAAAUCCCUCCGGCCACCUCCAUUUCCCUAUUCUAACACCACCUCACCACACCACCACUCAAUCCUCCACAUCUCCGAUCAAUCACUCGUCUUAUAAGCUAUAACUUAUAACCACCGUCAUCGUCACCGCCACAUAUACGGUUAUGUUUUUCUUCUAAUUUAUAUCGUGUGUGUAUAUAUAUCUAUAUAUCUACAUAUAUAUAUGUAUGCAUCCUUUUUGUUGUGUUGCCGCCGAUCAUAACCACUCCAUGCCGGCCACUCCGUCGUCUUCUGCCGCCGUGAGAUCGGAAUUUCUCAAUCACAUACAUCCAAACCCUAACCCUAAACCUAACGUGAAUAAUAGUAAUAAUAAUCAUCAUCAGAAUCACAAUUAUCAGAAGCAGAAUCAGAAUCAGGAUCAGAGAGAUGUGAAGAUUAUUAAUGAUAUUGUGGGGAAUGGGAUAUCAGGGGUGUUGAAUAAGUGGGUUAAUUAUGGUAAAGGAUGGAGACCUAGAUGGUUUGUGUUGCAGGAUGGAGUGCUUUCUUAUUACAAGAUUCAUGGGCCUCAUAAGAUUCUUGUUAGUGGAGAGGCUGUCAAAGGGGCUAGAGUUAUUGGUGAUGAGUCUUUUCGCCGCUUGUCCAAGCGGAGUUCGGGUUUUUAUGUUGGUAAUUCGCAGCAUUUGCAUCGGAAGCCGAUUGGUGAAGUUCAUCUUAAGGUUUCAUCUAUUCGUGAAAGUGGGUCAGAUGACAGAAGAUUCUCCAUUUUUACCGGGACAAAAAGGCUGCAUUUGAGGGCAGACACAAGGGAGGAUCGAAUUGCGUGGAUGGAAGCUUUACAGGCUGUGAAGGGGAUGUUUCCUCGAAUGUCUAACAGUGAAUUAAUGGCUCCUAUUGCUGGCAUUGCCGUAUCAACGGAAAAGUUGAGGCAGCGAUUGUUGGAAGAAGGUGUAAGUGAAGCAGCGAUUCAGGACAGUGAAAAUAUUAUGAGGAGUGAAUUUUCAGCAAUGCAAGAUCAAUUAGUGCUUCUCAAGCAGAAGUAUUUGCUUCUCACGGACACAUUGCGUAUGUUAGAGACGGAAAAGGUUGACCUUGAGAACACAGUAGUAGAUGAGAGUCAAAGGCAGUCAAAGGAAGUUGGGGCAACUUCGAGGCUAAGGCAAGAUAAAUAUAGCGAAGCAAGUCCAAGUGAAUCAGAGGAUGAUAACGAAAGGGGAGAUGCUGCAGAAGAAGAGUCAGAUGAUGAAGAUAACGCCUUCUUCGACACCCGGGACUUUUUAUCAUCAGGUUCUUUUAAAAGCAGUGGGUCCGACAUGAUGUCGCCAUCUUUUACAUCCGACGACGAAGACCAAAUUAACGAACCGGAAAUCGAUGCUUCUAUUAGAUCAGUCGGUACUAAUUUUCCUUGUGUUAAAAGACGGAAGAAGUUGCCAGAUCCUGUAGAAAAGGAGAAGGGAGUAAGUCUUUGGUCAAUGAUCAAAGAUAAUAUCGGAAAAGAUCUUACCAAAGUGUGUCUUCCUGUAUACUUCAACGAACCUAUAUCUUCUCUGCAAAAAUGUUUUGAAGAUUUGGAGUACUCUUAUCUUCUUGAUCGGGCAUAUGAAUGGGGCAAAAGGGGUAAUAGCCUUAUGCGGAUUUUGAAUGUGGCUGCAUUUGCAGUAUCUGGAUACGCUUCCACUGAAGGAAGAAACUGCAAACCGUUUAAUCCGUUGCUAGGGGAAACUUAUGAGGCGGACUAUCCAGAUAAAGGCCUGCGGUUUUUCUCCGAAAAGGUCAGUCAUCACCCAAUGAUUGUAGCAUGUCACUGUGAGGGCAACGGUUGGACAUUUUGGGGAGAUAGCAACUUGAAAAGCAAGUUUUGGGGUCGUUCAAUUCAGCUCGACCCCGUUGGGGUUUUAACAUUAAAGUUCGACGAUGGAGAAAUUUUUCAGUGGAGUAAGGUUACAACAUCCAUAUAUAAUCUUAUUUUGGGUAAACUUUACUGUGACCACUAUGGCACCAUGCGUAUCCAAGGGAACCAAAAUUAUUCCUGUAAGCUCAAGUUUAAGGAGCAGUCGAUCAUAGAGCGGAACCCACAUCAGGUUCAAGGCGUUGUUCAAGACAGGAGUGGAAAAACGGCAGCAACUUUAAUUGGCAAAUGGGACGAAAGCAUGCAUUAUGUGAACGGAGACUGUUCUGGAAAAGGAAAAGGUGACCCAUUUUCAGAUGCGCGUUUGCUAUGGAGAAGAAGCAAACCUCCAAAGGUUCCCACAAGAUAUAACCUAACCCGCUUUGCUAUUACGUUAAAUGAGCUUCUCCCUGGACUAAAGGAGAAGCUUCCACCAACCGAUUCAAGGCUGAGACCAGAUCAGAGGUGCUUAGAAAAUGGCGAGUAUGAAAUGGCAAAUGCAGAGAAGCUAAGACUCGAGCAACGUCAGCGGCAGGCUAGGAAAAUGCAAGAGAGGGGGUGGAAACCGCGGUGGUUUGCAAAGGAUAAAGCAACCGAUACUUUUGUUUAUACCGGCGGUUAUUGGGAGGCCCGAGAAGAAGCUAAGUGGGGUUCAUGUCCCGAUAUUUUUGGACAGUUUUCUUCAGAUCAGACGUUAGACUGAGUUAAGCUUAUUCAAUAAAUACUCUCCGUUUCUUUGCUCAUACUUUUCGCUACACAAGAUUACAACGUUGCCGAUGACAGGACCCGUGAAUAGGCGUUUAGAAGUAAGUAUGUUUUUGCCUUUUUGGUGUUAUAUUUUAUAUACUCCCAUUCCCCUGCCUUGUACUUAUUUGUUCCCUAUAGUUUCAUUCAUAAGGUCCUUGAUUUUUGGUCCUCUUUUCAUACACAUUAUGUUGGAUAUCGACAUGUCAUAAUGUCCCUAAUGUCGGAUUCGUCACUCAUUGAACUAAUUUUACACAAGUCGAAAAUGCGACUAUUUAGUAA